GAGAGAGAGCGAGCGAUUGAGACUGUGUUGGAAUGCGCUGAUACAUGGGAACAGGCUGCUUAUCUCCGUUUGUCCCGCUGUCAGUCAUCUUGAGGCACGCGCACAUACACUUCAGGACGCUGGAGGCUCCAUUUGGAAAGGUGGUGAUUAACCCCUUCCCCCUCGUUCCUCCUCCUUCUUCUCCUCCGUCUCUCUCGCCGUCUGGUUCAUCUACCUGCACUCGUCUGGACUCGUUCGCUCAGUAAAGACACAGAAGGACAGGAAGGAAGAGAGAUGAGACAGAAGGAGGGAGAGUAAUAACCAAUUCAUUCUCUGUGGAAUACGAUUCGGACACCUGUGGGACACUGUUUCGGAUGGUCUACUAUAAUGGACAAGUGAAAUGGAAUACUGACGCUUAAUUGAAUUCACUUAAGUCAACAUUUCUACAAGAUGUCUAAACCGUCAAGACUUGCCCGCCCGUCCUCUGCAGGUCCCAAACUCUCGUCGUCUCGUCGGGAUACACCUGGGAGACCCAGAAUGCCUGUAGUAGAGGAGAAGGUGAUGCGGAUUGGAAGUGAGGGCAGUAUUGCCGGUAAUAGGCCUCCUGGCAAUGGGACGACACAUUCACAGAUUUCACAAAACACUAAUUUAAAGGAAGAAGAUGAGGCAUCUCAACCAAGGAGCAGAAUCAGUCCACCUAAAGGGUCCACGGUGAAUUUAACGCAGCAACAGGUCACCCAGCCCAAGCCUCUAAAGGGUAAUCUAAAGGUGACUUCCAGUGAAGACGCCGAACACCUGACCCGUAAACAGCAGGUUGCCUCUGCUAACAGCUCUGGUAACCGCUGUGAGGCCAAAUCCAGCCGCGCAGGGGUUCCACGCAGACACACUGUGGGUGGAGCGCGCAGCUCACGGGAGAUCCUGGCCAUGCAGCCCUCAGAUAUGGAUAAAAAACGAGAGGCAUUUCUGGAACAUCUGAAGCAGAAGUAUCCGCACCACGCCUCUGCCAUAAUGGGCCAUCAGGAGAGACUACGAGAACAGUCAUUUCAGAGGAUGUUGUCGGCUCUGCACUCAGAAAUAGACAUUCAAAGAUAUCUGCUGAAAAUCCAGGUUGUUGAUUCACGCAGAACCCGGGGCUCUAAGCAGAGUGUGGGGUGUCCGAGUCCAGUGCCUGUGUUUGUGGAUCAGGUGGAGCACGGCUCACUGGUCUCUCUAGAUGCUCUGGAGGUCAUGUCUGAGUGUGAUAUGCCCCUUGCCUUCACCCGAGGCUCCCGCUCUCGAGCCAGUCUGCCUGUAGUCCGCUCUACUAACCAGACCAAGGAUCGCUCACUAGGAGUGCUGUAUCUGCAGUAUGGAGACGACACAAAGCAGAUCCGCAUGCCUAAUGAGAUAACGAGUGUCGAUACAAUCAGAGCCCUGUUCGUUAGUGCCUUCCCUCAUCAGCUCAACAUGAAGAUGCUGGAGUCGCCCAGCACCGCCAUCUAUGUCAAAGAUGAGACCAGAAACGUUUAUUAUGAACUCACCGAUGUCAGGAGCAUUACAGAUCACUCCUGCCUGAAAGUGUAUCAUAAAGACCCAGCACAUGCCUUCAGUCACGGACCCCGGCCAAGCAAUGGAGACUCAAGGGUUCAUAGGGAGAUGAUAUUUGCUGGACGGGAUGGUCACCCACUCCGGCAGCCCCCGAUGGGUCCUCCACCACCCCACAUGCAGGGCUCCAUGUCACCCACCACACCUCACGGGAUGCCCCCCUCCCCGUCUCGAAUUCCCUUUGGCCCACGCAACCCAGGUGGAGGUGUUGCCACAAUGCCACGUGAGCGAGCCGGACACACACUUCCAGCCCCUGCCCGAGCGUCCUCCCCCUGCCCGAGUGCCAUCUUGGAGAGGCGGGACGUCAAACCUGACGAGGAUGUAGCUGCGAAGACCAUGACUCUGAACACCAGAGCUGAAAGUCAUUACGCCGACCCUUAUAUGUUACAUCACCAUGCCCCGCCCCCUGACACAGUAGACCACGCCUACCACCGUGCCACCAUGCGCUCGUACAGCAACCCCGGUGUUCCCUUGGAGCCCCCAGACCAUCUCUUCCGACAGAAAAGCAGGAAUAGCCAACUCCCCAUGCUUGGCUCCAAAACCCCGCCCCCAUCCCCGCACCGAAUGGGUGAGAUGAGAAUGGUGGACAUCCAUACGGUCCAACCGCAGAGUUCCAUGACUUUGGAACGGGCUUCACCUGUUAGACAAUCAUUUAGGAAGGAGGCUCCUCCUAUGGAUGCCAUGGUAAAGGCAAGAGGUGGAAUGGCGUCUCCAGCCACCCCCGAUCUUCAGGUUCACAAUCCUCUGGCCCCCCCGACAGACCCUCAAACACGAGAGAGAAUGAAGGCCAUGGAGGAGCAAAUAGCCAGUCUGACUGGUCUUGUGCAGCACGCUCUCUUAAAGAGCCACAGCACUAACAGCAACAAGGAGCACUCCAGUGAGAAACCAGUGAAGUCUGGAUCACCAGCUCACAGCACAUCUAGCACAGGAGGCUCUCCAGUAUUAGCACCAAAAAUUGUUGCUGCUGCUUCUCCUGAGCGUAGCCCUGCCCCCACACCACCUUUAGGACCCGCCCCCUUGCAUGUUAACCUUCAUCUGUUCAGGAAGAAUGUCUCUGAGCUCCGCCUCCAACUACAACAUAUGAGACAACUACAGCUUCAGAAUCAGGAGUGUGUACGUGCUCAGAUAAAGAGAGCAGAACAGGAGAUCAGUGUGAAACUGACUGAAAUGCUGAGACGACAGGAUGAUCCGACACAGAAACAGAGGAUGCUUGUGGAGGAAGAGAGACACCGAUAUCUCAACAUGCAGGAAAGAGUUCUCACACAGCUGGGGGAUCUGGAGCAGUUUGUGGAGUCUCUGAGGACUGACUCAGGUCCUGCUGCGUCUCAGAAAGCAGUGACGCUGAAGGAGGUUGAGGAUGGGGCUGUCAGCCUAAGGAAGGUGGGAGAAAACCUGGCUGGACUCAAAGGAGAGUUUCCGGCUCUUCAAUCCCGUAUGCGGUCAGUGCUCAGGGUUGAAGUAGAGGCUGUAAAGUUCCUCAAAGAAGAGCCACACAAACUGGACAGCAUGUUAAAGAGAGUCCGGACCCUCACAGACACACUCAGCAACCUUCGCAGGUGUGCCACUGAUAACCUGCUAAAACCCACUGAUCCUGUUUUAUCAACACCUCCUGCCUCUGAAAAACCAGAACUCAUUGAAUCCCUCGAACCUGCACCGGUCACACCUCAGAGCUCCAUCGUGAGGUCAGAGGUUAUGACCUCAAACCCUGUGGUGAUCCACCAUGCUCAGGCCUCUCCAGUAGCAUCACAACAAUCCCAGCAAUCAACAGCACCUUCACCCAUCCCACCUGCCACACAGAGAAGAGAGUCUACACCGUCACCCACCAAACAGCUCAGAAAACCCUCACUGGAGCAAACACUAACACAAAACAACACCAGUAAUGGAGUCUCUGCUAAUGGCGUUCAUGGCAAGGGUCCUUCUCCAAAUCUGUUCAUUGAGGAGAUGCACGCCAGCCACAACAAGAACAAGAACAAGAACAGGGCUGUGUCCAUAGAGGCUGCAGAGAAAGAAUGGGAGGAGAAGAGGCAGAACAUGGGUCAUUAUGAUGGACAGGAGUUUGAGCGGAUUCUCCAGGAAGCAGAAGCAAACAUGCUAAGGGGAAUACCAAACCUUGAGGUGCCCAGUGAACUUGAGGGUUCUCCUGCUCCCCCUGCCAUGCUACCUGCCCCCCUGGAGGAGGUGGUGGAAAAAAAUGAACCAGUAGCAGCACCAAAAGAACAGGAUGACAAUCAGCCAAACUCUGAGAAACCAGCCAAGACUGCUCCAGAGAAACCUCCCAAACCUCUGGAGAAACCAGUUAAGCCAGCCUUGGAGAAACCUCUUAAACCCAGCCUAUCCAUCAAAUCCAACCUAGAGAGACAGAGUAAGACUCAGGAAAAAGUAAAACUUCAGAGCACAGAGAAAACCAACAAGUCUCCUCCUCCACCCCCACCUCGACGCAACUACACCACCAACACAGGCAUGACCACCACCCGCUCUGGAGAGGUCAUUUACACCAGCAGGAAAGAGUCUGUAACGGAAGGUGAAGAGGACUCCAACAGUCCAACAUUGUCUCAGCCUGAACCAAAGACCCCCACAGAGGUAAAGCCCACCCCCAUCACCCCUCCACCUAUCUCUGCCUCGGCCAUUACUGAAGAAGAGGAUGAAGGAGACAAGAUUAUGGCAGAGCUACAGGUUUUCCAGAAGUGCUCUGUUAAGGAGGUAGGGCUCAAGGGUUUGGUAGAGCCACAGAUCAAAGAGCUAAGACCUGGGGUCUUACUGCCCCUUAAAGAUAAGAAGAGCACAGAAAACCAAGGAGACAAGAAUCCUGACACAGAUGAGAAUGGCAACAAUACUAUUCGUCAAAGUCCCGGGGUCAUCUACUAUCUCACAGCUCAGAUCUCCAAGGGAACUCCAUCACCGUCAGAGGAAUCAACUGAGCGUAGAGAUGCAUCGCAGUAUUUCCCAUCACAGGUGUCACAAAUCAAUGCUUCUGACCAAUCCCAAAGCCAGCAGCAGGUUUCCAAUAACAAAUCAGAUGCCUUCGAAAAUAUUGGUCUAGCAAACCUUUCUGGCACCCAGCACCAAAAUCAGCUGUCUCGUUCAGCCUCACUGAAGUUACAUCCAGCCUCUCCAUGGGAAGAAGUUCCGGGUAGCCCAACACAAGGGAAGGUUCAUGUUGUCAAGGCUGCUCAAGUGCAGGUUAGCAUAGAGGAGAGGGUAGAGUCUCCAACAGCUGUUUGCUCACCAGUCUCUUUUGGAGACACUGAACCUGUUCUUUCUAAAGUGAUCCCUGUUGAGACAGGUUUAGCGAAUCAAAAGCUUCCAUUUGGUUCAUCCAAGGUGAAGGAAAGAAAAUUUGAGCAAAUGGAAGAAAAUAAUGAGGCUUUUCUCAGUCCUGAUUUGUCAGGAGAAGAGCCACCUCCUCCACCUCCUGAUAAUUUUGCCUUUAUGAUAACCAACACCAAGGUUCAAGCCCUCUCCACUGGAGAGUACCAUCAGCUUGUCAAUGCCAAGAAAGGAAGUGUACAGACAGUGACUUUUGGCAACAAACAACCAAGUGCUUCUUACAGUGGCAUGGCAUCAGGAGGUGAUGUCAAUACCAAUGGCGCUCCUGGAGCUGAUAACUCUAGUAAAAAGCCAGUAAUUAUAAUCUUUGAUGAGCCAAUGGACAUCCGCUCAGCUUACAAGCGCCUCUCUACCAUUUUCGAAUGUGAGGAGGAGCUGGAUCGGAUGCUUGCAGAAGAAAGAAUAGAUGAGGAGAGUGAGGAAACUGAGGAAGAAGAAUGGACGAGAGGAGAGAAGAUCAAACAGAAUGGAGUUGAAAGAGAGUCUGUAAAAAGAUCUCUUGCAGAUGUCACAGAUGGUGAAGUCAAGAACUCUUCAUCAUCCUUACUGGUUACUGGUGAAGCAAAGCAAGAUGGGAAGAAAAAGUUUAAGUUGAAAUUUCCCAAGAAACAGCUAGCAGCAUUAACACAAGCUAUUCGGGCUGGAAGUAAAACGGGUAAAAAGACUUUGCAAGUUGUCGUCUAUGAGGAUGAGGAAGAGUCAGAUGGCACUGUCAAACAACAUAAAGAGACCAAGAGAUAUGAAAUUGCUAGCUCCAAAACAGAAUCCUCACAAUCAAAUCCACAGGAACCGAAUGGACGGACUGAUGAAAUUCGUAAGAGUACCUACAAAACACUUGACAGUCUAGAGCAAACAAUAAAGCAGCUAGAGAAUACAAUUUGCGAAAUGGGACCAAAGUCUUCGGAAAACACUGAAAGCCUUGCGAAUUCUGAAACUCAAGAAAACAAAUUAGUGGAGAAUUCAGGCCACUCAGAAAAAGCACCCUCUUCCAAAACCUUGGUUCCUAGGUUGCCUGCUAUUAGUAAGGGUCCUAGUCUGCGAAAGAAGACCAAACCACAGCUCCUUCCUCGGCCUACCAACAUACCAACUACAGGAGUCUCAGUAACACCAGUCGCUACCCACCAGAAUGCCAACGUGGUCUCACCUACUAGUCGGAUGCCAGUGCCUGUUUCUACCAAGGCGCGGCAGCAACCGAGCACCUCAGACAAAGAGAGGGCAACAAAACCGCAAAAACUACAGGACUCUCAGAGGCAGUUCCGCCAGGCUAAUGGAAGUGCUAAGAGAUCUGGAGGAGAUCCCAAAUCCACUUCUCCUACUGUGCCUGCUUCUAAAAUUCCCGCUUUUUCCACUAGUACUGGAAAAAGCUUGUCCCAGUCUGAUUCUACUAAUAAUGUUAAUUCUUCUUCUCCUUUAUCUUCUUCCCUUCCCACCAGCAAAUCCUCUAUCCCUCCUCCUCGAUCCAGUUCCACCCCCUCUUCCCACAUCCCCUCUAUUUCUAAUGGUUCUUUAAAAUAUGCCCCUCCCACUCACAGCACUAAAGGCCUCUCUAUUCCCACGCAGACACAAAAUGGUCGACCCUCCACUUCUUCUUCCUCCUCCUGUUCCCACUCCCCUUUGUCCCCGACUAUGUUGAGUCAGAGUGCGAAGAGUAUCCGUACCAUUCACACACCCAGCUUCAACAGCUACAGUCGGCCGCACAACGGAAGUGCCGGUAAAUCAGCUAUCCCAACGGUAACUGCCGCUAAGGAUGCUGCAUAGAAUGCUUCGCUGCUUUGCAACCAUUUGUUUAUCUCUCAAUGAGGUGUUUACUCCUGAUUUGCUUAGACUUCCUUUUAAGUUGUUGAUUUUACUUGUUCAAGCAGAUGAUGUUGUAUCAAAGUGAACAUUGUUUUGGCAUGGCUAUUGCAUGUUAUUAUUUUCUCUUCAACUAAAUGGCCAUCAUCCAUUAUUUGGUGUUUUAAACUUCAACCUCUGCAAAGUACCAACAUAUAAAAAGAUAAACUGGUUUAUUUUGAGAAGUAAAAGAGAAUCUAGUUUAACUGCAGAGAGCAGGCUCUUGAUUAAGGAUUUUACAGAGCACUUCAUUUGAAAAGAAUAUUUAUUUUUCAUACAAGAUAAAGAGAGACUAAAAGUAUUUGAUUUAAAAUAGUGAAAUGUAAACAAUGUUUUUGGGUCUUCUAAUGAUUGUAGAUAAUUUUUAUUUAGCAUUUUUUUUAAACAUUGGUUGUAGCGACAACCAGGGAAAAAAGUACUGUACGUAUACUAACUUGUUAUCGUAAAAUGACAAACAUUGUGUCUGUUUUAUUUCUUUCUUUUAUGCACUGCCAAUGUCUUUAAGAUUUAGAAUUAUUAACUGACAACAGUUUUGCAGUGAACAUUUGUCUGUAUUUUCUGUAGUUGUGCCUAUUUGCCAAAGUUUGAAAUUACAUCCUUACAACUGACUAAAUAUAUAUACUGUGUUAGAUACUAUGUACAGUAUAUUCAGGAUAGGUUAAACCAGGCUUAACCUAUUGAAAAUCCUUGAUUCGCUCAUACAGUAUGUUGCUCUUAAAUUAACGAGUAUUGAUGUCUAAAUGUAAACUAAAAAAAUUGUAGUGAUUGAUAAAAUUGCUCUUCAUAUGUACAUACUGUAACUUCUCUAUUUCAGAGAUUGUCUUUAGUUUUGUUAACAUAUUGUACCAAAGUUUAUUUCUAUGCAUGCCUAUAUUAAGACUGUAGAGAGAGAGAGAGAAUGUAAUAGAAGAAAAUCAUGCUUGCACAGACCGUUUUGUAAAUAAAAAAAAAAUGUUUCCUUUGGUUUUGUAUAGCUUUAAUUGCAAACACAAUCUGUGCAAAAAGAGUGUAGGUCUUAAAUCAAUAAAGUUCUGCAUGCUUGUUGUUCACAUGGCCUCUUGCCUAUGGUUUCUCCACUGCAAGUGCUUCUAUUAAACAUUUUGGCAGAUA